AUGUUUUUGCAGCUCUCUCUCUCUCUAAAGUGAUUUUAUCCACUUUAACAGGAGACAUCAUAACGAGUGGUCCGCGGGAAAUUGCCGAGCACUUUAUGGAAUAUCAUCCAUCGAGAAUCCUAGCCGAUAACAAAAGACUCCGUGAACGCGCCGAACGGGCGGCUCCUCCUUCUCGGAGAACUCAAGAAACACAAACUGUACCUGCGGCUUUACUGCCAGUUACAUCGAGCUUCCUCUUGCAAGAACUGCCAUCCGCCCCUGCGCCCCAACAUUUGCAACAGAACACAACCACAAUGUCUUCUCCUGUUGCGGCAUCCACAAGCGGUAAACGUUAUACCUGUCCAUAUUGCCCUUACGGCACGGACAGACGAGAUCUUUAUACACGACAUGAGAACAUUCACCGCGAAGACAAACCGUUUCAUUGCUACAUGUGCUAUAAAAUGUUUAAUCGUGCGGAUCACGUGAAGAAACAUUUCAUGAGGAUGCAUCGCGAUCACGUGUACGAUGUAUCGAGAAUACGAAAACCGGUAGAACCAACCGUUCCUAAGCCGUUGCAACAGGAUUCGACGGCACCGCCGGCGACUGUCAACGUGAGCAACCAACAGCAACCGCAACAGCAACACAUGAGCAAUCAGUUCGGUUUCGCUAGCAAUAAGGGCUAUCAGCUACAGCCGAACGCUGCGACAUCGGGCACUAGUACCGGUACUGGCACCACCGGUAUUCAUCAAGCGAUAAUCAUGCCUUCACCGACGAGUAUCGUGCAAUCGGACGCGAAUAAUUGCAAUACAGGCAGGCGAGUGCAAAACGGCGGAUGUAAUAGUAAGAGUCAUCUUAAAGGUGGCUCCAAGAGCACACAGGAACGAAGGUACACCUGCGUGUACUGUUCAUGGACCGGAGUUGAUAAUUGGUGUCUGAAGCGUCAUUUAAAUACUCACACGAAGCCGUUUGCGUGCUCUUUGUGCGAGUACAAAGCAGCACGCGCUGAGCGGCUUGCAACACAUGUUCUGAAGGUGCACAAUAGAAGGCAAUGUUCGAGAUGUUCGUUUCUCGGCGAUGAUGCGAAUCAAUUGCAAUUACAUCAAAUACAUG